CCGCCGCCCUCGCCUUCUGCGCCGCCACCGUCAUGGGCCUCAGCAUCUCCUCGCUCUUCUCGCGCCUCUUCGGCAAGAAGCAGAUGCGCAUCCUCAUGGUUGGUUUGGAUGCUGCUGGAAAAACCACACUUCUGUUCAAGCUGAAGCUAGGAGAGAUUGUCACUACACUUCCUACAAUUGGUUUCAAUGUGGAAACAGUGGAGUAUAAAAACAUCUGCUUCACUGUUUGGGAUGUUGGUGGUCAAGAUAAGAUUAGAAGACUCUGGUGGCAUUAUUAUCAGAAUACACAGGGCCUUAUUUUUGUGGUAGAUAGCAAUGACAGAGACCGAAUUGAGGAAGCUGCAAAAGAACUGCAGAAAAUGCUUGAAGAGAAUGAAUUGAGAGAUGCAGUGCUGCUUGUCUUUGCAAAUAAACAAGACUUGCCAAAUGCCAUGGCAGUCAAUGAAAUGACAGAUAAACUUGGCCUUCGGACUGUGCGUAACAGAAGUUGGUAUGUUCAAGCUACCUGUGCCACACAAGGAACUGGUCUGUAUGAGGGACUUGACUGGCUGUCAAAUGAGCUAUCGAAGCGCUAGCUGAAACUGGAAGAUUUUCGCACCAGGGAACUGCUUAAUAUAAGUGGUCUAGGCUUGUUGCAUCAAAAGAAGUUUGCAUCUUGGUUACUAUACAGUAUCUGGAACUGGUUUGGGCAGGUUAUUACAGUAUUUUGACUUAUUUUGUUGCCAAUUAUUGUUCACCAAGCUACAUGUUGCCAAGGUAAAAAUAAGCUUGGUUUUGAAAUUUAUUAGUGAAUGUAUCUUCAUGAAGACAGACUUUGUAAAUUCUUAAGACUGAAUGCUUUAAUGUUAUUGCUAAUUUGUGUAUACCUCUUGAAUUUUAAGUUUGUGGAACUCAUAAUAUGAAUGUGUGACAUUCUUUUUCAAUAGUUUUUUUGUACCUUGGAAUAAACAGAUCUCUAUAA